UCUCGGUGAUUCCCGGGCACGAGGGAACACUGCCUGCGCAGUGGGGCAACGCAAUAUUUCCCAAUGGCAAAAGAAAGAGACGACAAGAAAAAAUAAUGUCAAAGGCACAUGGGGAAAUGGAUGAUCUCAAGACAAGCCAGAUGUUGGUGUUGGCGCAAAGAUGGGUACAUGGAUGGCAAGUCUCCCACGUUCACAUGCCAGCGUGCUUCCCCGGGUUCCCCAGUUCCAUGACAUGAGGUCUUCUCGGCGCUCCGCACUACAUGUAGUCUGGCAUGAGACCACAUGACGAGGCUUCGAACCUUCACAUGCUCAGCACAGCAUAGACUUAUUGUACAGUGCUGUACCUGGACUGCAACACGCCCGGUGCUUCACGCGAAAACGGCAAACUGGGGCCUGUUUUCAAAUGCCUGCCGGUCUACAAAUGGCGGGCCUGUGAUUCGCUGACCCCGCCGUUUCCGGGCUAGCUCGACGUUGGACGAGUUGCCGAGGUAUUCAUCAUCCAUCACGCUGUGAAGUGCGGCAACCAACUUGGGUACCUUGGGGCAUCAUCUCCACGAGCUGCUGUAACUUAUUAGUCGGAAGCCCGGUCCCAGCCCGUCAUCCACCCCAUCCCCGUACAAAGCCCCAACUCUCCGCACUUUUCUUACCCGCUACCCCGAUUCCAUUCCUCCACUCCUCCCUCUCCAGCCCUCCUCAUCGCAUCCUCUUUCUUCUCUUUCAGCCUCCAUCACCAUGUCUCAGCGGGUUAUUGUCGUCGGUGCCGGCCUGUCCGGUCUGAGUGCCGCUCACACCAUCUAUCUCUCGGGUGGCAAUGUAGUGCUGCUGGACAAGAACAACUUCAUGGGAGGCAACUCCACAAAGGCCACCUCGGGAAUCAACGGUGCCCUCACGAGAACACAAGUCGACCACAAGAUCGCAGACAGCGUCAAGCAGUUCUACGAUGAUACCCUCAAAUCCGCCCGUGACAAGGCCCGACCAGAUCUCAUCAAGGUCCUGACCUACAAGUCUGCUGCUGCUGUCGAGUGGUUGAUGGACGUCUUCAACCUCGACUUGACUCUGGUCUCACGAUUGGGCGGUCACUCUCAACCACGAACCCACCGUGGCCACGAUGCCAAAUUCCCCGGUAUGGCCAUUACAUACGCCUUGAUGCAGCGCUUCGAGGAGCUCGCCGAGGCUGAGCCCGAGAGAGUUCAGCUCGUCAAGAAGGCCAAGGUCCUCAAGGUCAACAUGGACGGCAACACUGCCACUGGUGUCACAUAUUCCUUCAACGGCGAGGAGACUUCGAUAGAUGGACCCGUAGUUUUGGCCACUGGUGGCUAUGCUGCUGAUUUCACAGAAGAUUCUUUGUUGAAGAAGCACAGGCCCGACACCUUUGAUCUCUCCACCACCAACGGUGCCCAUGCCACCGGUGACGGUCACAAGAUGCUCAUGAGUGUUGGUGCCAAUGGCAUUGAUAUGGACAAGGUCCAGGUACACCCUACUGGUUUGGUUGACCCCAAAGACCCCCAUGCGAAGACCAAGUUCUUGGCCGCCGAAGCACUUCGAGGCGAAGGUGGUAUCCUGCUCAACAGCAAGGGUAAGCGCUUCUGCGAUGACCUUGGUCACCGCGACUACGUUUCCGGCAUGAUGUGGGAGGAGAAGAAGAAGAACCAGUGGCCCAUCCGCCUCGUUCUCAACUCAAAGGCCUCCAAUGUGCUUGAUUUCCACACCAGGCAUUACUCUGGCCGCGGUCUCAUGAAGAAGAUGACUGGCAAGGAGCUUGCCAAAGAGAUCGGUGUCAGCGACAGCGAACUCUCCGGUGAAUUCCAGAGCUACAACGCCAUUGCCAAGGGCGAGAAGAAGGAUACAUGGGGCAAGAAGUACUUCCACAACCUGCCAUUUGACAUUAACGACACUUUCCACGUUGCCGUCAUGGAACCAGUGCUGCACUUUACCAUGGGUGGUAUCGAGAUCAACGACCAGGCGCAGUGCCUCAACUCCCAAGGCAAGCCCUUUGACGGUCUCUUCGUCUGCGGUGAGCUGGCUGGUGGUGUCCACGGUGCUAACCGUCUUGGUGGCUCCUCGCUGCUUGGCUGCGUUGUAUACGGUCGUGUAGCAGGUGAUUCCGCAUCGAAAUACCUCUUCCAGAAGGCACUCACUGGUGCCGGCGGUUCAGCUGCUUCUCGUCUCGGUCAAAUUUCUUUGCACAUCGACCCCUCGCAACCGGGCAAGAUUUCGGUAGAGUGGGGCAAUGGCCAAAGUGCAACCGCAUCGUCGGGAUCAUCUGCUAUUGAUCAACAAAAGCAACUGUCGGCUGGUCCUGUAUUGAAGAAGGAUGGCGACUCAAGCGACCCUGGCAAGGUGUCCAAGCCCAACCAGCCAGCCAAGUUUGAGAUUCCCGACAAGGAAUUUUCUCUUGAAGAGAUUGCCAAACACAACAAGAAGGAUGAUCUCUGGAUCGCAGUCAAGGGUAUCGUCAUGGACGUGACCAACUGGACAGACGAGCACCCCGGUGGCCCUCAGGCGCUAUUCAGCCACAUGGGCAAGGAUGCAUCGGAGGAGUUUGAAAUGCUUCACGAUGACGAGGUGAUUCCAAAGUACGCGCCCGAGAUUGUCAUUGGAAAAGUCAAGGGCCAGAAGGUGACUUUGGAAUACUAGACUGGAAUGGAAAAGGCGUUGCAACGUUUUAGGAAUCUAUGUACUUGUAGCUUGUUCAACUGAUUGCAUUCUCAGUAACUUUUGGUAUAUACACAUGAAGUUCGUCCCCAACUGCAGCCCUGUUGAUGGUGAAAGUGCUGUGAUUAUGACUAGAAUUAUCUUGAUAUCU